AUGGCGGAGUCUAGCGAGGCUAUGCAAAUUGACGAAGAGUAUUUUGAGGCAGUUUUAUGUUGUGUACACGAUGUUUCGGUUGUUGAAGAAGAUGGUUCUGGUGAGAUAGAGGCGUCUAAGACGGUGACGCCGAAAUCCAGUCGAAGGAGCCUCGAUUUUACGGGAAAACACGCGUUAACACCGGUAUCAAAGUCUAAAAAUCUUCCGAAUCCAAAGCGAUUUCAAAUUGGUAAGCAAAUAUAUUUAUAAUAUUUGUGGUGUUACUCUGAGUCUAUAUCCGCACCGGGCGAGCUUGAAAAAUAUGCCCGGCCACGGUGGGAUUCGAACCUACGACCUUUGGAAUACUAGCCCAAUGCUCUUCCAACUGACCUACGCGGUCAGGACGGUUCGAGUAAGUGAUAUUUCGGAACAGAAUCUAGUUCCUUCAAUACCAAUGUAUUCUAGUAAUAUGAAUUUUUUCUGUGUUGGUGUAGUGUACUCAGGUGAAUAUGAUAUUUGUGGUGUUACUCUGAGUAUAUAUCCACACCGGGCGAGCUUGAAACAGAAAAAAAGUCAUAUUCAUCAAAAAUUCAAAUUCAAAUUCAUCAAAAAUUCAACAAAGAAAAAAAAUCAAAUUCAUCAAAAAUUCCACACAGAAAAAAUUCAUGUUACUAGAAUACAUUGGUAUUGAAGGAACUAGAUUCUGUUCCGAAAUAUCACUUACUCGAACCGUCCUGACCGCGUAGCUCAGUUGGAAGAGCAUUGGGCUAGUAUCCAAAGGUCGUAGGUUCGAAUCCCACCGUGGCCGGGCAUAUUUUUCAAGCUCGCCCGGUGUGGAUAUAGACUCAGAGUAACACCACAAAUAUCAUAUUCACUUGAGUACACUACACCAACACAGAGAAAAAAAAAAAAUAAAAAAAAUUAUAAUUACUGUAAAUACCAAACAUUUUCAUUUGAUACAUUGUAUUUGUUUAAAUUAAUACGCACAUUAUUAAAAGUAUAUGUGGACAGAUAAAUGUCAAGCAUGUGACUGAUGCUGCACCAGCUGCCAGUGGUGUGUGAGAUAGGGCUUUGAAGAAGAAGAAGAAACUUUAUUCAAACAAAUACCAAUAUUGGUACAUUGAAUACCUACAUAUACAUUAGUUACAAAAAAAUAAAAUAUAAAAAAGACAUUAUUAUUUGAAUGAUAUUGAGUUGAUGAAUUAAGUCAAUUUCUCCAUACAACAACCUUUUGGCUAUCAUAUGUUACAGAAAACGUGCAUUAGAAAUGAAAUACAGUAUAAAUGUUUUUUCCAUAUUUGGUUUAUACUAGGAGAGAAGCCAUCUGGUAGAGAAGUGAAAAUAAGGCAAGAGUUCUUGGAAGAAAGACUAAAAGAAAGAUUUGAAGAGAAAGCUGGUUGUACAAUCCAGCAAGUAAAAGCACUGUCACUAGUUGGUGAGGGGAAUACUUCUGAAACUUCAAAGACAAUGUUAACAAGAGCAUUAAAACGAGCGUUCCCUUCAGUGAAAACAAAACGCACACAGGAGAAAGGGUAUCCUUUGAUAAAAUAA